CCUUGGCUUUCCCGCUCUUCCGAGCGCUCCCAUUUCUCACUUUCCCCAAAUCCGCAUUUUCCUUGGCACAGCUCUCCCGAGCACGAAGGAGAGAGAGGGAGGUGCCCGGGGGCAGCGAGAAUGACGUGCGCUGGUGCAGAGGGGGUGGGGGCUGCGGGCCGGGCUCCGUGCACGGGCUCCUAAUCCUCUUGUUUCGGAACCGUCAGCAGAUGUGGCUCCUCUCAGCCGAAUAAUCCGUUAAAGGAAUAAUAAUUUUUUUAAAAAAAGGAGAUCGACCUCACUCAACGAGGACUAGGAUCGAGAUCGGGGCUUGUAGAUUCACCGCCUUUGGUGGGGCUGGCUGAGAUGCUACGAACGGCAAACAGUCUCUUAAAAAGGAGGAAAAAAGAUGAAGACCUUGGGUGGACGCCGGAACAAAGCACCACGAGCUCUCGGGCGAGAAGGAACGCACUGGAGCGAUAGCUCCGGACGCGGACACGAGCGAUCUCCGUUGCCCAGCUACACCGGCCGUGCGCGCGGACCUCUCAGGCGAGAGGACUGUAUCGGCGAGGAGGCCGAUUCCCCAGAUCCGGUCCCCGGACCCAGGCAGCUCGCCCCUGCGGCGCGCCCGGCCGGGCUGCGCCUGGACUCAGCGAUCCAGGGAAAGGCCUGGAUGCGGGAGAACAAAGAGCCUUUGGAAGACAUCGCCGUUAUCUCAUUGUCUGCGCGGUUGGGGGAGCUGCGGGACCCCAGCCACAGCGACCUAAAACUGCUGACUCCAGAGGACACCCCAAAUUCAAAGAGUGUGCUCAGAGGAUAUUGGUCCACAUUGGGAAGACAGAAACUUGGAAAAGCAUUUGGAAGGGCUCAGCCUCCUCACCCAGGCCCUGGAUCCAAGAUCCUGAUGUAGGAGAUGAUGCAACUGGUACUUGCUGCGUUCCUCCGGACCACUCAUCAACAGCACCAGCCUGGCACACAAGGUGGCAGUGUGGUCCCUGCUCCCAGCCCACAUGGAGUCCCCAUUGUGUCAAGCCUGUCUGGUCCAAUUCCUGGAUCACCCGUCACGCUGUGGACGAAGACCCAUGUAAAGCAGCACCCGGGGCAGCUAGGCAAGUGAUUUACUGUGAUUCUGGGGCCUCUCAGAAACCUCUGGCCUUGGUCUUCCAUUUCUUGAGACUCCCAGGAUGCUAAUAAAUUAAGACAUGCCAAAGCAGAGGUACCAGAAUUGUGGCACAU